GCGUAUACAGAAGAAGGUGAAGGAAUGUGGUCUGGUGGAGAGAGUAGAGGCCCAACACCAGUGUCUGAUACCCAUAGAGUUACAAGCUCUGAUAACUUGAUGUAUAUCAAGUUUGUUCGAGAUAUUACAGAAGAAGUAUUAGAAAAAGGAAUAUUUACAAAUAAAGCAUUAAAGAAGAUUUUCCAAAAUCACGUAGAGGUUAAUAAACAGUUUCUUGACAUGAGGAGAAUGCAAGAGGAAGUGGACAAAUUGCAACUAGAACUUGGAAUCCCAAAUGAUGACGGCUUGGACAAAGACAAUUAUGGGGUUACCUACAGAGGUUCAGAAGAGAAAAUUUUGUGCUCUAAAGUGGAGGAUAAAGAACUUCUAGAAGCUUUAAGUCAAUUAAAUAUCAGCUCUUCAUUAAAGGCUGAUAUUGCAAACUCACUAGGUCUCUUUCCAACUGGUAAGAGUGAAAGUAAUGUCAGCAGCUCUGAGAGUCUUAAACAGUCAAGGAACAGCAAGCGUGCAACAUUCUCCUCACCUUUGGAGGUGAUUUACGACAUAAAUCAGAAAGAAAAGUUCCCUCAGAGUGAUGAUGACAGCUACGAGAUGUUAAGUGAAGGCUCAGAGUCUAGACCUCUUACACCCCUCGGCCUUGCUUGGUAGAUAACUCACUCACUUGCUCUUGGAGCUGCUUACUAUGUUGGGGACUCUUCAGAGUAUUGGAACUUGUUAAAUGUGUAUAUUUAUUAUAUUUGAGUAUAUCUAGCACAUAUUUUUCUAUGAAUAAAGGUGAUCUCAUA